UUAGAUUCCACCCAAGAUAUUGAGAGAGGUGGUCAGUGAAGCCAGAAGUAUUUAUACCUCUGAGCAGAACCUCAAGAAGAUUGAGAGUAACAGUAUACAUGCAGGUAACUAAAUAUGAAGCUGGUUAUUUUACUCAUCAUGUCCCUUGUGUCACUGACAUUAGGAGGACCACUGAAAGAAUCAGCUGUGCAGAACCCUUUGGCGGAGAUGCUUACCAACCGGAAUAACUGUAAAGAUGGAAAAACGUGUCCUACUUCAGCAACAUGCUGCAGCAGUCUGAAUGACGAGUCAAGAUGUUGUGCAUACCCUAAUGCAGUGUGCUGCUCUGAUGGUCUUCACUGUUGUCCUGUAGGAUAUCAAUGUGAUAUCACCAGCAACACCUGCAUGAAAGGAGAUGAGAUGUUGGAUGCUGAUUUGACAAGAAUGUACAAGAAUGUAAUUUGUCCAGAUGGCCAAUCGGAAUGUCCUGAUGGUAAUACAUGUUGCAAACUCUCUUCUGGAAAGUAUGGUUGUUGUCCACUUCCUAAUGCAGUCUGUUGUAGUGAUGGUCAGCACUGUUGUCCUUCAGGAUACACUUGCGAUGUCUCAUCUGGCACAUGCACACGUGGCAACUCGAUUGUCCCUUGGUACGAAAAAUCUCCUGCUACUCCAGUAAAAGUAGAAAGUGUAGUUUGUCCUGAUGGCCAGUCAGAAUGUCCUGAUGGUAAUACAUGUUGCAAACUCUCCUCUGGACAGUAUGGUUGUUGUCCACUUCCUAAUGCAGUCUGUUGUAGUGAUGGUCAGCACUGUUGUCCUUCAGGAUACACUUGCGAUGUCUCAUCUGGCACAUGCACACGUGGCAACUCGAUUGUCCCUUGGUACGAAAAAUCUCCUGCUACUCCAGUAAAAGUAGAAAGUGUAGUUUGUCCUGAUGGCCAGUCAGAAUGUCCUGAUGGUAAUACAUGUUGCAAACUCUCCUCUGGACAGUAUGGUUGUUGUCCACUUCCAAAUGCCGUCUGUUGUAGUGAUGGUCAGCACUGUUGUCCUUCAGGAUACACUUGUGAUGUUUCAGCAGGUACCUGUUCACGAGGCAACUCAAUUGUCUCUUGGUAUGAAAAAUCUUCUGCUACUCCAAUUAAUGUAGAAAGUGUAAUUUGUCCAGAUGGCCAAUCGGAAUGUCCUGAUGGUAAUACAUGUUGCAAACUCUCUUCUGGACAGUAUGGUUGUUGUCCACUUCCUAAUGCCGUCUGUUGUAGUGAUGGUGAGCACUGUUGUCCUUCAGGAUACACUUGUGAUGUUUCAGCAGGUACCUGUUCACUAGGCAACUCAAUUGUCUCUUGGUAUGAAAAAUCUUCUGCUACUCCAAUAAAUGUGGAAAGUGUAAUUUGUCCAGAUGGCCAAUCGGAAUGUCCUGAUGGUAAUACAUGUUGCAAACUCUCUUCUGGACAGUAUGGUUGUUGUCCACUUCCUAAUGCAGUCUGUUGUAGUGAUGGUCAGCACUGUUGUCCUUCAGGAUACACUUGCGAUGUCUCAUCUGGCACAUGCACACGUGGCAACUCGAUUGUCCCUUGGUACGAAAAAUCUCUUGCUACUCCAGUAAAAGUAGAAAGUGUAGUUUGUCCUGAUGGCCAGUCAGAAUGUCCUGAUGGUAAUACAUGUUGCAAACUCUCCUCUGGACAGUAUGGUUGUUGUCCACUUCCUAAUGCCGUCUGUUGUAGUGAUGGUCAGCACUGUUGUCCUUCAGGAUACACUUGUGAUGUUUCAGCAGGUACCUGUUCACGAGGCAACUCAAUUGUCUCUUGGUAUGAAAAAUCUUCUGCUACUCCAAUAAAUGUGGAAAGUGUAAUUUGUCCAGAUGGGCAAUCGGAAUGUCCUGAUGGUAAUACAUGUUGCAAACUCUCUUCUGGACAGUAUGGUUGUUGUCCACUUCCUAAUGCCGUCUGUUGUAGUGAUGGUCAGCACUGUUGUCCUUCAGGAUACACUUGUGAUGUUUCAGCAGGUACCUGUUCACGAGGCAACUCAAUUGUCUCUUGGUAUGAAAAAUCUUCUGCUACUCCAAUAAAUGUGGAAAGUGUAAUUUGUCCAGAUGGCCAAUCGGAAUGUCCUGAUGGUAAUACAUGUUGCAAACUCUCUUCUGGACAGUAUGGUUGUUGUCCACUUCCUAAUGCCGUCUGUUGUAGUGAUGGUCAGCACUGUUGUCCUUCAGGAUACACUUGUGAUGUUUCAGCAGGUACCUGUUCACGAGGCAACUCAAUUGUCUCUUGGUAUGAAAAAUCUUCUGCUACUCCAAUAAAUGUGGAAAGUGUAAUUUGUCCAGAUGGGCAAUCGGAAUGUCCUGAUGGUAAUACAUGUUGCAAACUCUCUUCUGGACAGUAUGGUUGUUGUCCACUUCCUAAUGCCGUCUGUUGUAGUGAUGGUCAGCACUGUUGUCCUUCAGGAUACACUUGUGAUGUUUCAGCAGGUACCUGUUCACGAGGCAACUCAAUUGUCUCUUGGUAUGAAAAAUCUUCUGCUACUCCAAUUAAUGUAGAAAGUGUAAUUUGUCCAGAUGGCAAAUCGGAAUGUCCUGAUGGUAAUACAUGUUGCAAACUCUCUUCUGGACAGUAUGGUUGUUGUCCACUUCCUAAUGCCGUCUGUUGUAGUGAUGGUGAGCACUGUUGUCCUUCAGGAUACACUUGUGAUGUUUCAGCAGGUACCUGUUCACGAGGCAACUCAAUUGUCUCUUGGUAUGAAAAAUCUUCUGCUACUCCAAUAAAUGUGGAAAGUGUAAUUUGUCCAGAUGGCCAAUCGGAAUGUCCUGAUGGUAAUACAUGUUGCAAACUCUCUUCUGGACAGUAUGGUUGUUGUCCACUUCCUAAUGCCGUCUGUUGUAGUGAUGGUCAGCACUGUUGUCCUUCAGGAUACACUUGUGAUGUUUCAGCAGGUACCUGUUCACGAGGCAACUCAAUUGUCUCUUGGUAUGAAAAAUCUUCUGCUACUCCAAUAAAUGUGGAAAGUGUAAUUUGUCCAGAUGGCCAAUCGGAAUGUCCUGAUGGUAAUACAUGUUGCAAACUCUCUUCUGGACAGUAUGGUUGUUGUCCACUUCCUAAUGCCGUCUGUUGUAGUGAUGGUGAGCACUGUUGUCCUUCAGGAUACACUUGUGAUGUUUCAGCAGGUACCUGUUCACGAGGCAACUCAAUUGUCUCUUGGUAUGAAAAAUCUUCUGCUACUCCAAUAAAUGUGGAAAGUGUAAUUUGUCCAGAUGGGCAAUCGGAAUGUCCUGAUGGUAAUACAUGUUGCAAACUCUCUUCUGGACAGUAUGGUUGUUGUCCACUUCCUAAUGCCGUCUGUUGUAGUGAUGGUCAGCACUGUUGUCCUUCAGGAUACACUUGUGAUGUUUCAGCAGGUACCUGUUCACGAGGCAACUCAAUUGUCUCUUGGUAUGAAAAAUCUUCUGCUACUCCAAUGAAUGUGGAAAGUGUAAUUUGCCCAGAUGGGCAAUCGGAAUGUCCUGAUGGUAAUACAUGUUGCAAACUCUCUUCUGGACAGUAUGGUUGUUGUCCACUUCCUAAUGCAGUCUGUUGUAGUGAUGGUCAGCACUGUUGUCCUUCAGGAUACACUUGUGAUGUUUCAGCAGGUACCUGUUCACGAGGCAACUCAAUUGUCUCUUGGUAUGAAAAAUCUUCUGCUACUCCAAUAAAUGUGGAAAGUGUAAUUUGUCCAGAUGGGCAAUCGGAAUGUCCUGAUGGUAAUACAUGUUGCAAACUCUCUUCUGGACAGUAUGGUUGUUGUCCACUUCCUAAUGCCGUCUGUUGUAGUGAUGGUCAGCACUGUUGUCCUUCAGGAUACACUUGUGAUGUUUCAGCAGGUACCUGUUCACGAGGCAACUCAAUUGUCUCUUGGUAUGAAAAAUCUUCUGCUACUCCAAUUAAUGUAGAAAGUGUAAUUUGUCCAGAUGGCCAAUCGGAAUGUCCUGAUGGUAAUACAUGUUGCAAACUCUCUUCUGGACAGUAUGGUUGUUGUCCACUUCCUAAUGCAGUCUGUUGUAGUGAUGGUGAGCACUGUUGUCCUUCAGGAUACACUUGUGAUGUUUCAGCAGGUACCUGUUCACGAGGCAACUCAAUUGUCUCUUGGUAUGAAAAAUCUUCUGCUACUCCAAUAAAUGUGGAAAGUGUAAUUUGUCCAGAUGGCCAAUCGGAAUGUCCUGAUGGUAAUACAUGUUGCAAACUCUCUUCUGGACAGUAUGGUUGUUGUCCACUUCCUAAUGCAGUCUGUUGUAGUGAUGGUCAGCACUGUUGUCCUUCAGGAUACACUUGUGAUGUUUCAGCAGGUACCUGUUCACGAGGCAACUCAAUUGUCUCUUGGUAUGAAAAAUCUUCUGCUACUCCAAUAAAUGUGGAAAGUGUAAUUUGCCCAGAUGGGCAAUCGGAAUGUCCUGAUGGUAAUACAUGUUGCAAACUCUCUUCUGGACAGUAUGGUUGUUGUCCACUUCCUAAUGCAGUCUGUUGUAGUGAUGGUCAGCACUGUUGUCCUUCAGGAUACACUUGUGAUGUUUCAGCAGGUACCUGUUCACGAGGCAACUCAAUUGUCUCUUGGUACGAAAAAUCUUCUGCUACUCCAAUAAAUGUGGAAAGUGUAAUUUGUCCAGAUGGCAAAUCGGAAUGUCCUGAUGGUAAUACAUGUUGCAAACUCUCUUCUGGACAGUAUGGUUGUUGUCCACUUCCUAAUGCAGUCUGUUGUAGUGAUGGUCAGCACUGUUGUCCUUCAGGAUACACUUGUGAUGUUUCAGCAGGUACCUGUUCACGAGGCAACUCAAUUGUCUCUUGGUAUGAAAAAUCUCCUGCUACUCCAGUAAAAGUAGAAAGUGUAAUUUGUCCAGAUGGCCAAUCGGAAUGUCCUGAUGGUAAUACAUGUUGCAAACUCUCUUCUGGACAGUAUGGUUGUUGUCCACUUCCUAAUGCCGUCUGUUGUAGUGAUGGUCAGCACUGUUGUCCUUCAGGAUACACUUGUGAUGUUUCAGCAGGUACCUGUUCACGAGGCAACUCAAUUGUCUCUUGGUAUGAAAAAUCUUCUGCUACUCCAAUAAAUGUGGAAAGUGUAAUUUGUCCAGAUGGGCAAUCGGAAUGUCCUGAUGGUAAUACAUGUUGCAAACUCUCUUCUGGACAGUAUGGUUGUUGUCCACUUCCUAAUGCAGUCUGUUGUAGUGAUGGUCAGCAUUGUUGUCCUUCAGGAUACACUUGUGAUAUCUCAUCUGGCACAUGCUCAAGGGGUGACAACAUUGUGAAAUGGACUUCAAAGUUGAAUGCAAAUUCUACCAUAAAAAAACUUCAGACUGUUUUAUCCGCUUCAAGUGAUAUUAUUUGUCCAGAUGGAAAGACAUCAUGUCCUUCAUCAAACACUUGUUGUUCCCUUGGAGAAGCAGGAAAAUGGGGCUGCUGCCCUGUAUCUAAUGCUGUUUGCUGUGAGGACCAUAUCCACUGUUGCCCAUCGGGUUAUAGCUGUGGUACACACUCUUGCCAGAAGGGUUCAAAGCACCUACCCUUUCUUACCAAGUCUACUGGUCUACUAAUCAUUGAGAAUCCAAAUGUUAAAGAUGAUCAGCAUCUAUUGUUCCAGCCAGAUGAAACGAUAUCUCAUGAGAAGUCUGGUGAUAAUAUAAUGUGUCCUGAUGAGAAGUCAUCUUGUCCAAGUGGAUCUACCUGCUGUCAGACACCAGGAAACAUAUAUGGAUGCUGCCCUUAUCAAGCGGCCAUUUGCUGUGCGGAUCUAAUACACUGCUGUCCAAGUGGCUACUCUUGUGAUAAUUCUAUUGGAACUUGCACCAAAGAUGAUCAUAUCAUGCCAUGGGCUAACAAGCUUCCACCAUUCUAGUCCAUUCAGACAUUAAGAUGGCACAUGACAAUUAACUUCAUGAUUUUUUUUUUUAAAUGAAAUAUAAGCUCCUUUUGAGCAUGGUAUGUUCAUUAUUUGGAAAGAGUCUUGUUUAUUUGAAGUACUAUGGGUAGGAUUCGUAUAGAUCUUUUUCUCUAUCCUAUGUCAGCCUUUUUAAAUGAUGAACGUAGUUAAAUUUCAAGAAAGAGAAUUUAAGUUAGUUUGAUUGAAAGGCAUUAUAGUGCUUUCAUGGAUUUAACUACACUUUAAAGUCAAAGAUAUUUUAUAUUGACUGUAGCUUUUCAGUUUGGCAAUUAUUUUGUUUGUAGUGGCUA